AGUGAAUCACCCCCUCCAACCCGUCCGCGCUCGCGCUUCACUUCGACGCAUGCGCCGUGCCUCGAUUAUCUGUGUGCGCGGGGUGUCGGAGGGGGUGGGGAAUGUGCCGGAGGAGUUUGAAAUGGCCCCUGUGAGCCCCUAUUCGGCCCGCGCCAGGUCACAGUUGUAGAAGACUAAAACAGCAAAAGAAUUUCGUCGCUCGCCAUGGCUCAGUUUGGAGGACAGAAGAAUCCCCCUUGGGCUACCCAGUUUACAGCCACUGCAGUAUCUCAGCCAGCUGCUCUUGGUGUUCAGCAACCAUCCUUACUUGGAGCAUCUCCUACAAUAUAUACACAACAAACUGCAUUAGCAGCAGCAGGCCUCAGUACUCAGACACCAACAAACUAUCAACUCAGUCAGACAGCUGCUUUACAACAGCAAGCUGCAGCCGCAGCAGCCGCAUUACAGCAGCAAUAUUCACAACCACAGCAGACCCUCUAUAGUGUACAACAGCAGUUGCAGCAACCUCAGCAAACUCUUCUAACCCAGCCAGCUGUGGCACUGCCAACAAGCCUUAGCCUGUCUACUCCUCAGCCAGCAGCACAGAUAACUGUUUCUUAUCCAGCACCUCGGUCAAGUCAGCAGCAGAGCCAACCACAGAAGCAGCGUGUCUUUACUGGAGUAGUUACCAAGCUACAUGACACAUUUGGUUUUGUGGAUGAAGAUGUAUUCUUCCAGCUCAGUGCUGUGAAAGGGAAGAGUCCUCAAGUAGGGGACAGAGUUUUGGUAGAAGCAACAUAUAACCCUAAUAUGCCUUUCAAAUGGAAUGCACAGAGAAUUCAGACUCUACCAAAUCAGAACCAGACUCAAACCCAGCCUUUACUCAAGACUCCUCCACCUGUACUUCAGCCUAUGGCACAGCAGACUGCAUUCAGUGUGCAGCCGCAGCCACAGCCACAGUCGCUGUUACAGGCACAGAUAUCAGCGGCUUCUAUUACACCUUUGCUUCAGACACAACCGCAGCCUUUGUUACAACAGCCACAGCAGAAAGCUGGUUUGCUACAGCCCCCUGUUCGAAUAGUUUCACAGCCUCAGCCAGCACGGAGAUUAGAUCCACCACCCAGAUUUUCGGGGCGAAAUGACAGAGGAGACCCCAUGGCUAACAGAAAAGAUGACAGAAGUCGUGAAAGGGAGCGUGAGAGGCGUAGGUCACGGGAAAGAUCACCCCAGAGAAAACGCUCUAGAGAAAGAUCACCUCGGAGAGAGAGGGAACGAUCGCCCCGAAGACCCCGACGUGUUGUACCCCGUUACACAGUCCAGUUUUCCAAGUUUUCAUUAGACUGCCUUAGCUGUGAUAUGAUGGAACUGAGACGACGAUAUCAGAACUUGUACAUCCCAAGUGACUUCUUUGAUGCUCAGUUUACAUGGGUGGAUGCAUUUCCGAUGUCAAGACCAUUUCAGCUAGGAAACUACUGCAAUUUCUAUGUAAUGCAUAGAGAGGUAGAUCCUUUGGAUAAGAACACUUCUGUACUGGAUCCACCAGAUGCCGAUCAUCUAUACAGUGCAAAGGUGAUGCUCAUGGCCAGUCCUAGCAUGGAAGAUCUCUAUCACAAAUCAUGUGCUCUUGCUGAAGAUCCACAAGAGCUCCGGGAUGGUUUUCAACAUCCCGCUAGACUCAUUAAGUUUUUAGUGGGUAUGAAAGGUAAAGAUGAAGCCAUGGCUAUUGGUGGACACUGGUCUCCCUCACUGGAUGGACCUGAGCCGGAGAAGGACCCAUCUGUGCUGAUUAAAACUGCCAUCCGUUGUUGCAGGGCUCUAACAGGGAUUGAUUUAAGUGUAUGCACACAAUGGUACCGUUUUGCAGAGAUUCGCUACCAUCGCCCUGAGGAGACCCACAAGGGGCGUACGGUUCCAGCUCAUGUGGAGACAGUGGUUUUAUUUUUCCCGGAUGUUUGGCAUUGCCUUCCCACCCGCUCAGAGUGGGAAACCCUCUCCCGAGGAUACAAGCAGCAGCUGGUCGAGAAGCUUCAGGGUGAACGCAAGGAGGCUGAUGGAGAACAGGAUGAAGAGGAGAAGGAUGAUGGGGAAGCAAAAGAGAUUUCUACUCCUACUCAUUGGUCCAAACUUGACCCAAAGGCAAUGAAGGUUAAUGACUUACGCAAAGAAUUAGAAAGCCGAACUCUUAGCUCAAAGGGCUUGAAAUCCCAGCUGAUAGCCCGACUAACAAAGCAACUCAAAGUGGAAGAGCAGAAGGAAGAACAGAAAGAAUUGGAGAAGUCUGAAAAGGAAGAUGAAGAGGAGGAAGAGAGGAAAUCUGAAGAUGACAAAGAGGAAGAAGAAAGGAAACGCUUAGAGGAAGUGGAACGCCAACGUCGAGAGAGGCGAUACAUCUUGCCUGAUGAGCCAGCAAUCAUUGUGCAUCCUAACUGGGCAGCCAAAAGUGGAAAGUUUGACUGCAGUAUUAUGUCUCUUAGUGUUCUUCUGGAUUACAGGCUGGAGGAUAACAAAGAGCAUUCUUUUGAGGUUUCAUUAUUUGCUGAACUUUUCAAUGAAAUGCUUCAAAGGGACUUUGGUGUCCGAAUAUACAGAUCCCUCUUGUCGCUUCCAGAUAAGGAAGAUAAAAAAGAUAAAAAGAACAAAAAAGAUGAGAAGAAAGAGAAAAAGGAAGAACGAGAUGAUGAAAAUGAUGACCCAAAGCCUAAAAGAAGAAAAUCUGGAGAUGAGAGAGAAAGAAAAGAUGAGAGGGAUGACAGGAAGAGAGAAGAUAAGAAGAAGGAUGAUGCUAAAGAUGAAGAUGAAAUGGAAGAUGACAAUAACCAAGAAGAAUAUGAUCCAAUGGAAGCAGAGGAUGCUGAGGAUGAAGAUGAUGAUAGGGAUGAUGAGGAAAUGAACAGGCGAGAUGACAGAAGAGAGGGAAACCGGCAUUGCAAAGAGAGAGCUUCUAAAGAUAAGGAAAGAGACAAAACACAGAUGAUAACUGUUAACCGCGAUCUUCUGAUGGCUUUCGUUUAUUUUGAUCAAUGCCAUUGUGGAUACCUUCUAGAAAAGGAUUUGGAAGAGAUACUGUACACACUUGGACUGCAUCUCUCACGAGCUCAGGUUAAGAAGCUGCUUAAUAAGGUGGUGCUUCGUGAAUCUUGCUUUUAUAGAAAACUGACAGAUACUUCUAAAGAUGAAGAAAAUCAAGAAGAAAUUGAAACUCCACAGGAAGAAAUGCUAGGAAACAGGCUGCUGCUACCAUCACCUGCUAUAAAACAAGAACCAAGAAGCUCAGAAGAAAACGUUGGCCUCAUUGUUUACAAUGGAGCUAUGGUGGAUGUAGGGAGUCUCUUGCAGAAACUAGAGAAGAGUGAAAAAGCCCGAGCUGAGAUGGAACAAAAGCUUCAGUCACUAGAAGAAAAGACAGAUGAAGAUGAAAAGACUAUAUUGAAUUUGGAGAAUCUGAAUAAAGGUCUGUCUGCAGAACUUAAAGAAGUCAAAAAAGAUGCUGGCCAGCUACAAGAGAAUUUGAAGGCAUCAGAAGAUACAAAUUUGCAGUUUGAGGGGCAGCUGAAUAAGACAAUAAAAAGUUUGGCUACAGUUAUGGAUGAAAUACACAGUGUUCUUAAAAAGGAUAUUGUGAAGACUGAAGAUCAGAAAUCCAAAGAAAAUGGAGCAAAUGUAUGACAAACUUGCUGCUGCUGUGGGGAAUAUGGUGUCACAUAAUGUAAUAUAAAUCAUGAAACUGGAGUGUAUGAAAGUGGUGCAUGUUUGAUUUUAGUAGUAUAAAUACCUUAGUCCAAGCAAAGGAUGUAAAAAGUUUUAUAAAUGUGCGAGCCUGCUUCAAAGCAUUGCUUGUAAUUCAUAGCUCUCAAUUUAUUAGACACUCUUUGAGUGAAAAUAAUUUUGCAUUGCAAAUAUGUUUUAGGGCAAACUUCGUUAUAGUUUGAAUGCUAAUAAAGUUCAUCAAUUUAAUGGAAAGUAUGGUAGCAAGUAUUUAAUUAUCAAAUGUUUUCCUUUUAAAGUCUAGUGGAGACUGUUUUUCCAUUAUUUAUAGAAAUGCCAUUCUUAGGUUUUUAUUUCAGUCUAAUUAGCCUUUUUAAAUUCGGGUAUAAAUCAUAGCAUGCUGCUUAAUUUUGCAAGUAAAGAUUUUUAAAGAAAACCUUGAAUUUCUUGUCACAGUUUCUUCCCUUUAAAUCAAACCUUCUCACUUGGAAGUUGUUCUUAUUACUGUUUUGGUGCCCAGUGAUUAAGAAAAAUAGUAAGGAACUUAGCAGAAUGGUAAAUUGGGAUUUAUAUGAAAAUACAGAUUGGUUUUGUUAUGCAUUUUUUUAAUUACUGCAUUAAUAUACCAGACACUUAAGUCUAUGAAAAUGUACAAUUGCAUAACUGGCCAGUAGAUGUCACUGUAAGGCUUUAUGGGGGUGGGGUGGGGAUUGCUACUACUUUUUUAUUGGCUCUCAUUAAACUGGUUGUUUAUUUUCCAGUGUUAAUUCAUUAAGAUUUCAAAAAGUCCAAGUGAGUAAAGUAUUACGUGCCUUUCACGCAACUUCUUAAAAGAUCUAAAUUUGUGAAGUGACACAUCAUUUUUGUUGUGAAAACAGAAGGUGGUAUUUAAGAGAGAGAGUGUAGUACAUGAGCUUUACUCAAGUUAAGCAAGAACAUGACCUUGGGGUUGUAAUGGGCUACUCAGUGAAGACCCAAGUGUGUGGCAGCUGUGGAAAAAAGGGCAAAUCCUGCUCUAGGGAACCUUGGGAAAAGCACUGAAAAUAAAGCUGCACCUGAAAUAAUAGGUAUAGUUCUGGUUGCUGCACCUCAAAAAGGAUACCGUAGAGCUGGAAAAAUUUCAGGAAAUGCCAACCAAAAUGUUAAAGUAGGUGGAGCAACUCCUUGAUGAGGAAAAGGUUGCAGCAGUUGGGCUUUCUUACCAGUGCCGUAGCAAGGUCUACACACUGAUCGUUACUCAUUGUACCGUCACUACUUUCCUAAACUCUGAUCAAACCAAAUGAAGUGUGUAGAAUUUAGUGGUAAUUUAAUGCCUUGGAUUUUGAUUUGUAGAAUAUGGGAGUCUCUCUUUAUGUGCCCAGUAUUUUGAAAGCUGAGAGCACCACACAGUUAAAACAUACACAGAAUGGAGAAAUCUGGGGCACCGCAAUGCUCAAAGCUUUUGUUGGUCAUUUGUUUAAAUACAAGUCUUGUUGCUUAGUUGCUCCCUAUUUAGUUUCACGGUUCAUGAAGACCUGUUGCAACCUAUGAAGAGGAAAACAUAAAAAGCAGUCCGAUUAUAGCACUCCUCUUUAUUAUUCGUCCCUUUAACUAUACUGAAUUAACUGUAUACGUUGGCCUAAUUUCUUAGCCAUAACUAUAUCUCAGUACUGUAGUAACGUUGGCAGCUUUUGUGAUUGACCUAAAUAAAAGGCCUGGUACAUCUGCAGCAACAAUAUGUGAUUGGGGGUGGGGGUGGAAGUAAGGAGUCUAUAGUCCGCAACCUUGCAUAAUUAUUUUGCUGCCUCUGGUCCUCCUUGUUUUUCCUUGGGAUUAACAUUUUUUACAUGCAGUUUUAAUGUCUGGCUUCUGUAAGCCUGAGCCUAUGAAAUGUAAAUGUCUUUUAGUGAGAUUUGGGUUGUUUCUUCCCUCCUUUUACUCACGUUUGCAUAUUUGCCUUCCUGUUUCCUGCAACAUUUAAAAAUGGAAAGCCCCCUUUGUAGGUUGACAUUGUGAUGAUUUGUAAGUGUGAAAUAACCACUGCAGAUCAAACGCCACAAAGUUUGCGCAUUUCCUAAAAAAAACCCAACACACUACAGUGAAGACUAUUCACAUCUUAGAGGUGUUGCGUGCUCUGUUCUUAAUGUUAUAUUUAAUUUGCUUUGAUUGUAUGCUUUCAUUUUAGAUUUACUUUGGGUGACAUAAUGGUAUUGGCCUGCUUAUGGAAUGGAUUUCAGCUUGCACAGUAGAACUUUCCCUUCUUCCUCUUGUAGUCCCCCAAGAUGGGGAGAGCCUUUAGAGCAAAUUUGGGGGUUGUGUGAGAGGCUUGGGGGAGGGAAGUAUUGUCAUGUUCAUUUGCGCAACACUGGAUAUCAUGCAUAUAUUUUUUUACUGUACAAUGCCCAGAGAUCUUUGUUUUAUAGGGUAGCAUAUAAAACAAUGUGUUUGAUGCUUAUGCUAUAGCAGCGCUCCAAAUUAGUUGGCUCUGUUAUGGAAUUCAUAUCAGAAUUGUGAAUCCAGGGCUAUAGCAAGGUGCAUGCCUGUCUUGUAGCGUGUACCUUCUUUUCCAGGAUGCUGCAGCUAACCACUUCCCCCCUUCCUCCUUUCUGUAACAGCUGCUGCGGUUAGUGUCUUUUUCAGUAUUACAGGUUUAUUAUGCUAAAUUUGUUUUCUAAACUGAUGGAAAACCCACUUUGUUUUGCUUGUCCUGUGGAGAUAAAAGUUGUGAUUCUAUUGCACACACAAGGAGGUACAUCAUAUCAUCAUAUAAAGAAGUUACCUGUUUUGAUGGAGGAAGUUUGUUUUAGGCUUGCUAUCCUACCCACUCUUAGCAAUCUCUGUUGAGGAUAGGACUGUUAAAUUAUUAAAUCAGUUCUGAUUAUUAUUAAAUUCACAGACCAAUAAUAGUUGGUGCAAAUGGCCUCAGGGGCGAGAAGUGCCUUUUACCAGCUGCACCUGGUGUGAUAGCUAUGAUCAUUCCUGGACCCAGAGAACUUGACCACAGUACCCGUAGUUCAGGCGACUUCAAUAUCGUAUUACUGUGGGGUUUCUCUUGUGCUUGGCCUGGAAACUAAUUAGUGCAAAAUGCUGCACCACAGUUGCUGACAGGAAUGACACCUCUGCUCGGAGAUCUGCACUGGUUGCAGAUUUGUUACCAGGCCAAGUUCAAGUUAUGAAAAGGCCUUAACUGGUGCUGUUACUGGUGCCAAAAUUGCUUUGCAAUUGUAAAUAUUCAGUCUUUUAGUGUGGCAGCACCUACAGUUUAGAACGCUCGACAUCAGGCAGAAGUCUUCGCUCUACUCUUGGUUUAUGCAGGACUAUGCAGACAUGUAGAGGCUGACGUAAAGGUAAAGGGACCCCUGACCAUUAGGUCCAGUCGUGACCGACUCUGGGGUUGCGCGCUCAUCUCGCAUUAUUGGCCGAGGGAGCCGGCGUAUAGCUUCCAGGUCAUGUGGCCAGCAUGACAAAGCCGCUUCUGGCAAACCAGAGCAGCACAUGGAAACGCCGUUUACCUUCCCGCUGUAGCGGUUCCUAUUUAUCUACUUGCAUUUUGACGUGCUUUCGAACCGCUAGGUUGGCAGGAGCUGGUACCAAGCAACAGGAGCUCACCCCGUCACAGGGAUUCGAACAGCCGACCUUCUGAUCAGCAAGUCCUAGGCUCAAUGGUUUAACCCACAGCGCCACCUGGGUCCCUAGAUGCUGACAUACUGUACUUUAUUUUUUUUUGUUAAUUUUAAUUAUUUUAAUCAUUGUUUCAGCCAUGUUUAUUGAUACUUUGUGUAUUUCUUAUAAAGAGCUUAGAAGUUUUCCUACAACAAAGUGGUAUAUAAAUUUUAUUUUAAAAAUUACACAAUGAAAAUACUGAUCGUCACAGAGGAGCCAAAGAGUUCCUUAUCAUCUGCUUCCUAAUUUGUGUUCAAAGUUUAAAAUUGAACUUUUCGGUGGAUGACCCCUUAAACAGAAAGAUGGUUUUGUAGGUAUUCCAGGUUGUGUUCUUAAUAAAAGGAAAAGUUAGCUUCUAAGGGCUCCUUUAUACAAAUUACAAUAUAAAAGGACAUCACCCAUGGAUUCUACCUUUCUAGUUCCACAAUGACAUUCAUUAGGUGCAAUUGUAUUAAAUCAGCCGGAUAGAAAAACAGGGCAGACCAUUAAGAUGAAUAAGCGUAAAUGCCUCUCGUAAAUUGCAUUAAGAAUGAAAGGAAAGAAAGGCACAUACUGAUGUAAUCUGGAUUCAGUUUCAAAGUUGGGACAAGAAAAAGAAAAGUCUUAAAGGAUCACUACUUACUCAAUCACUACCAAUAGAAUAGAGAGAGAGAAGUUGGGAUUUCAGGGGGGAAUUGUUUGCUGCAUAUUCUUGUUCUGAGUGCUUUGCUAUCAGAAAUAAAGAGCAAUGUGAGAGACUUCUACUUUAACUUAAAAUUAGUCCCCUCUUCGCCUUUCUUUUUUUAUUAACUUGACUCCUUUGAGGGACAAAGCCAACACAGGAAAACUACUUUCUAAGAACCUGGUUAGAGUAAGUAUUAAUUUGCAGAAAUUUGCCACUUUUCUUUGAUAAUGAGUGUUUUGAAGUGCUGGAUCCUUCCUGUAGAAAAGAGUCAUUUUGGUUUAGCAAUAUUUACUGACAGUUAACAUUUCAGAGUUAUCUUAUUUUGCUUUUGGAUAAGGAAAACCGGUUGGCUUAUACUUUACACAUUAGUUUUUUGAUUAACUAUUUUAUUUGAUCCAAGCAUCAUAAAAUUAUAUUAAAAACACUUAAGAGUAGAUUCAGAUUGUGUUCCAUAUGGCUGGGGUGAAACCUCUGGAUUAAAAUUAAAGGAAAGUAGAGAACCCCAUUUUAUAAAAGAAUGAGGGGACAGAACCCCCACCUUUUUUACCUUUCUCUAUUAAUCAUGCAUUCUCUCCUGUCCAAUUGAACUUAAGAUCUGUGGAUGGAAGUAGUCUUUAUAUUUUUUGGAUCAGGAAACGUGUGCCUAAAUUAAGAGGCACGCAUGCAGAAUGCACAACACUAAGAUAAGUGCAGUGCAGCUAGCCUGUAUUUGGAUCCGCAUGUAUAUCCAAUUUACCUUCAGAUUUUUUAAAGUGCGAGAAGGCCAUUCAGGGUGGAGAAUCGAUGGUCCUCCAGAUGUUGCUGGACUGUAACUUCCAUUAUCUCCAUUAUCAUGACCAUUGGCCAUGGGGCUGAUGGAAGUUGGAAGGACAAAAACAUAUGCAAGACCACAGAUUCCCCACCUGUGAAGGAACAGCCCCCUUACAAGUUAAAGGAUGGCUGGAAGAGGGAAAGUUGGGCUAUGAACUCAAUCACUCCUUCAUGAGACUCUGGGUGGCAUCACUAAUAUGCGUUCAUGCUUCUGCACUGCUCUCUGUUGUAAGUCCCCCACAAUCCUAGAGCAGUGUGUGUGUGUGUGUGUGCGCGCGCCCUUGAUCUCUGCCAGGUGGAGGCAUCUUUGGGCAGUCGGGGCUUUUCCCCCUGCCCCUUUCAUCCCUCAGGUAUUUGUAUGUAUAUUCACUGCUUCACAUUUUGGCACCUGUGUUUCCCAAAUUUGGGUCACCAUCUGUUUUAGACCACAACUCCCAUCAUUCCCAGUUAAUAGGAACAGUGGUCAGGGAUGGUGGGAAUUGUAGCCCCCCCCCCCAAAAAAAACAACCAGAUGGAGACCUAAGUUUGGGAAACAUUGGUCUAGUGCAUCUGCAUGUAGGACACACCAGUAGAAGGAGUGAUUUGAAUAAGCUUUCUUGUCAUCUGAAGAACAGAAAAGCCUGCAGAAUAAUUAUCCCAUUUUCUCAGCUGCACUUGAGAAGGAAUUGGCUCACAGCCAGCCAUAUUUGCAUAAAAAAGCCAAAUGUGUUGCUACAAAUUCAGCUUCUGUAUCAUAGGAGACCAAAGUGCCAUAUAGUGCAGGCUUGGAUUAUUAGAAUUAUUUUUUAACUAAAGGAUUGGAAGACGGGAGGUGGCUUGAUUGCUAUGUUUCAAAAGAAGUAUUGUAUUUUAACUAUACAGUAAGAGGAAAAGAAAACCAAACACGUGUACUGUAUAAAACAAAUAACCUUUCUACCGUUUUGAGCUAAGUCCUGAUUAGAACAGAAAUACAUUGGUUGGUCCUUUUUCUUAUUAUUCCAAUCAGUAACCUCAUUCAUACAGUACUUGGAAAGUAUCAUUAAAUAUAGGGACAUAUCUGACCCACAUAAGCAUCUAUCCAUAACAAGUAUGGAGUGUGCCAUAAUUGGAAAGCCUCCCCUUUCCCUUUGUUGGAAGCUAAAAUGUAUCUGGAUACUUUUACUGAAUAGAUAACCUUAGGGCUGAGACUUCAGCUUUUUAGGACAUAUGACCACCCACUUGACAAAUGGGGCACAAACAGAAGAUACUGGCUCAGCGCCCAAUGCUGAGUCUUUAACCUUUCAGCAGCAGUAUUUAUGCCAACUGCUUUGUU